AUGGAUAUAGUGGCGAAAUAUCCAAGCUAUGUCAGUCCCGUAAGGAUUAAGACACUUAUAGUACCCAUAGGAAAAUGGAAAAGGAAAGAUUUCAUUAAUGCUGUUAAUAACAUCAAAGAAUACUCUGAAAUUCGUUUACUCGACAUCACUCCAAUUGAUAGUUCGUUAUUCACCCCACAAGGAUUCCCUAAUGGCCAAUUAUUAUUUGAUUUCGAUAUAGUGGGACAUAACGAUUCAUCCGAGUUAUUCCUAUAUGAUUUUCAACCUUUUAGGAAAACAUUUGUAAUAAUUGGUCUAGUGAAUGAUAACAGUCCAAUAAAUCAGAAUUUACAAAUUCUUAAGGAAAAAUACCCGACGGCAAUAUCCACGAAUCUUAUUUACUCAAAUGGACUUGAAGAAGAUUCCGAAUCUAAAUCGUUACCAAAUAUUUUCUCUACUAAAUUCCCAACACCGAAGAAUUUAGAGACCAUUGUUUGCGAUAUUGGUCACAAUUUUUUGGAAGCAUUAUCACAUUAUUAUUCGUCAUAUAGACAUGUGACAUUAAGAUCCCCCGGUGCCAUAGGUGGUAAUUCUAUCUCUAAGACAGUCAUAAAUAGAUAUGGUCCUAAUACCCUAGUAAAUCCUACAGAUAUUCAAAAACCAACCCUAAAUUCUAGUAAACGAAUGUCUUCUUUCGAAAUGACAACAAAUAGUAUCAAGAGAUCUGCAUCGUUAAAAUUAGCAAAUACCCUCUCCACGUCAGAUGGGAGAACCCAGCAAAAAUCAAAAGGUAGGCAACUUAAGAUCUUGGGUAACUUCCAACUUUUAGCUGGGAGGUAUUCGGACGCAUUAACAAGUUUUACUGAAUCUGUGAUUCUUUUAUACAAAUUAAGAGAUUUCUUAUGGUUAGCUUCAGCAAUAGAUGGUAUUGCAAUCUGCUUCUUAUCCUUAAGUUACUUAGACAUCCCUUUUCAAGUUCCGGAAAUUAUAAACUUAUUAUGCCCUUUACAAACAGUAGACACUAUAGAUAGCACAAAACCUCAUAUACCUCCUACCACUCCCAACACAAAAAGUGUGCCUAGGACUAGUGUGUCAGCAAUACCGUCCCAAAUGCAAUCUCCUAGAAAUUCUAUUAAUGUUACUGCAUCAUUCUUGGAUAUAGACGUUACUACAAUAAACCUUCCACAUUUAGUGAGAAAAAUGGCGGAAAAAAUCCUGUACUACUAUGAACUUACAUUAAGCAGUAACAGUGAAUACGUUCCAAAUAUAGUUUAUUGCAAUUUUGUACUAAAGACAUUAACAUUUAUGAUUGCAUGCCAUAACGCAGAAAACUUUUCGCCCGAAAUAUUAGAAAGAAUAGUACAUCACCAAUUCGCACAUACAGCGACAUCGUUCGGAUUUGAUGACGGUGAGAAUGAAUUUUCAAGAGAAGAUAUAUAUAUGUUUGCAAUUCGAUUAUUGGAAUUGCAAUUAGACAAUUUGCCAAUAGAAUCCCAAGUUACUGUAUAUAUGACGUUGGCGCACACCUUCAAAACAUUUGGUUUCGAAAGAAAACAAGCCUUAGUUUUAAGACUAUUACUUACUGUUUUGAGCUCUUCAUCUGAACAAAUAUUUUGGUCUGAAAGUCAUAGAACUAUCAUUGAAGAUAUUUUGGAUAUUUAUGGAAUAAGUACAAGAGACUCGGAUAUGCAUAUCUCAGACGCUUCUGAAAGGACUUGGUUUAUAUUACAAAAGAACGCCUUAAACCUCUGCCUUUUGAUUGUCAAAAAAUUUAGUGACACUGAACUAAUGUCUAAGUUAGCUUUGAAAUUAAUAUCAAACUUUACACACAUGCUUACUGCUUCUGAACAGUCGUCGUUAUUCAUUGAUUAUAUUCAACCAUGCAUAUAUAAUGGGUCAAUAUCCAACUACUGGGAUCCCUUUAUUAUCAGAAACUGCAGCUUUCAAAGACUAGAAUUCGAUGAACCUGGAACGCAAAGUGCUAAACUCCCUGUAGAGGCUGCCAUAUCUGAUAUCAAUAAAUCCGUUAUAAAAGACGCCAACGAACAGAUGAAAACAGAUGAAGUCUUUAACCCUUUCCGAACCUCAAGUUCUAAAAAGGUUAAAUUUGCCCCUACAAAGGUUAGUGACAACACAUUGCUAGUUGGGGACAAAGCUGAAUUUACAUGUACGUUGCAAAAUCCAUUUAAGUUCGAUUUAAACAUCUCCAAACUCCAAUUUCCUCCAAAUAUCCUGGAAUAUUGCGAACUCAAGGACAUAUACCUAAGUAAAACUAACCCAUAUGUUUUAAGGGCUGAAUCUAUGAAGGAAAUAACAAUUCCUGUUAUUCUGAAAAAUGCCACAUCGAAUGACGGUAUUACAAUAGACAGAUUAUCGUUAUCAGUGUUUGAGCUACCUUCCGAAGAAUUUAAAAUUGUAAAUUCUGAGGUAUGUAUCCUACCCUUAGAUUAUGAACAAAAUGAUGCAUCAAAACGUAAAAAUAAUGAGUUAGUUCUCAAAUCUUCUAUAAAUGAAAGAUGCAAAUAUGGCUCCCUUCACAUUAAAAUUUUCCCAGAACAACCUCAACUGCAAAUUAUGAAUAAAUCAAAUAUCGUUGAGAACUCCUUAAUGAUUCUUGAUGGUACUAAAACAAAAAUUACCCUAAAUAUAAGAAACAAAUCUUUAAAUUGCCCGAUAGAUUAUAUCAUGUUCCAUUCAAUUUCGAACGUUGAAAAGGAGACGAAGAGUGAUUAUUGGAAGAAAUUCAAACCUGAUGAAUUGUUUGCUGUGGAAAAGCAAAUGAAUAUGUUGAAAACGUCUUCUAUUAAAGUAUUGAAUGCACCAAAGAGUCUCAAACCAGGAGAGGAUGUACAAUUAGAGAUUGAGGUUGAUGUGACACAUGCGCCUUUUGAUUUCACCGAAUUUAUUCUUUCAAUAAAGUAUGGUAUGGCUGCUUCUGAUUCCAAUCAUAUAUAUAUAAAGGUGUUAGAAAUUCCUUAUGAAAUCACCAUUCAAAAAACUGUCGAAAUUGCAAAUUUAGAUAUCAUCCCGUUAAAUGAAAACAUUUCUUGCGAUAGCUCUUCUGUUGAUUGGAUAGACUUUAUACAAUCUAAGAUAAAGGAUUACCCGAAUUGUAAUAUACAUGAUUUCGUUUUGUUACUACUUGAUUUCCGAAAUUCAUGGCUGGAUGGACUUCAUUUGCAGGUACAUUUUGAAGACUUCGUGAGCAAAAAAUAUCUUAUUGAGGCUAGCCACACUCUAAGAAUGAUUAUUCCUGUUAAGAAAAUAGAAUUCUCGAAAAAAGGGUUUGGUAAGAAACAAAUUCCUCACGUAGUUGAAGGAAGACAGUUUAUUCAGAGCGGUUUAAACUUAGAACAAGAAACUGAGUUAAGAGAAGCUUUUUGGUGUCGAGAAUACAUUCUUGAAAAGUUAAGCUGUCAUUGGAAUUUUUUCCAUGACAGCAAUUUAAUUGGUUCUGUUGACUUUAGAAAAUUCCUCGAGAAGUUUGAUUCCAAAAUGGUUUCUACAAUAUACAAAGGGAAGUCUUUAUUCACAGUAAAACUUACUUGUGAUAACACCACUGUUAGUAUAGGUGCCAAUCUAAAAUUAACGGUGCAUCUUGAAAAUACAAGGAAAAUUGCCAGUGAUGAUAUUCCAUUACAAAGAAAACUGAAUAUUUGGAUUAUAGAUCACAAAACCUCAAAAAUAUUACCAAGAUCGAACGGCAGAAUUCUAUAUAAUGGAACAUUGUCCAAAACAGUAUCUACUGAUAAACCGUUUAGUGCAGAGUUUGUUCUACUUCCAGUCGAACCAGGUACCUAUGAAAUAUGUGCCGCGGUUGCUAGAUUGGAUAGUCAAGACCCAUUAUUACAUUUCGAUUCAGAAAGUAUAAUUUUAACUGUGAAUCGACCAGUUUUUGAAUAG